AACUUAGUUUAAAGUAAACUUUUUCUGUACAACAUACAGGAAAGUAUACAUAUCCUAACUGUAUAGCUUGAUGAAUUAUCAUAAAAUGAACACACUCCUGUAACCACCACCCGGCUCAAGAAAUAGAGCAUUAGCAACACCCCAGAAACCCUGCCACAACUACACUGUUCCUCCUCUCCACAGGUCACCACCGCCCCUAGUUUCUAACACCAUAAAUGAUUGCCUGUAUGGAACUUUAUAUAAAUGGUAUCACACUGCAUGUACUCCUUUGUAUUUGGCUUCUUUCACUCAACAUUAUGCCUGUGAGAUUCAUUCUAUUGCUCUGUGUAGCAGUAAUCUAUUCACUUUCAUUGCGGUAAAGCAUCCCUUAUACCACAAUUUAUCCAUUAUACUGUUGAUGAAAAUAUUUGGGUUGUUUCUCAUUUUGGGCUAUUAUAAAUAAUUCUUCUAGGAUCAUUCUUGCAUAGGUCUUUUGGUGCACAGUUGUAUGCAGUUAUUUUGCUAUCAAACAAGAACUGGAAUUAAUGAGUCAUAGAAUGUAUGUUCAACUGUAGUAGAUUUUGCCAAGUUUCCAAAGUGAUUGUACCAAUUUGCACUAUUACCAGCAGAUCUAUAGCACAUUUAAAAUCCAUGUAUGAUGUUGUUCCUAUCCAUAACUACCCAGCCACCCAUUAAAACUUUUUUUUUUUAAAUUCAUUUUAUGGUUGUAUAUUUGUGAUCACUACAAAGUAACCACUUGCUUUAUGGCUUUUCAAAAUACAAGUUAUAUUUCCCUUUUAGGAUAGUUUUUAUUAAAUGUUGAGUAAAACAAAAAUAUUUAUAAAAUAUAUGUAAAGUAUAAGGAGUAACAGUACAACAAACCCUCAUCAUUGUUUCAUAGAACAUUAUUACCAUUAACUUCGAAGUUUCUUCUCUAAACCCAUCACUUCCCCCCAGAGAUAGUCACUACACUGAAUCUUGGGUUAAUCUAAUCAUUCCUUUGCUUUUCUUUAUGGUUUUACAACAUAUUUAUUUAUGUAUCCCUAAAAAAUAUUUUUAGUUUGCAUUUUUGAACUUUAUAAAAUGGAGUAAGUCUGCAUGUAUUUUGCGACUUGCUUUUUCACUCAAUAUCAUGUAUCUGAAAUUAUUAGUACUAAAUGCCAAUUUUUUGCACUGCAGCUAUGAACAUUCAUCUGAAAGUCUUCUGAUAAACAUGUGGGUGAAAGAUAUGUGUACCUUAAGUUUUACAAGAUAAUGCCAAAUUGUUUUCCAAAGCGGUUGCACCAGUUUGCGCGCACACCAACGGUACAUGAGAGCUCCAGUUGCUCCACAUCGUCACGGACAGUUGAGGACUUUUUAAUUUUUGCCAAGUUGGUGGCUGUGAAGUAGGUCUCAUUGCAUUUCCUUAAUCAUUAAUGAGGCUGAGAAACUUUUCAUCGUUAAUUAGUCGCGCGUGUUUCCUGUUCUGUGAGGUGUCUUCGGCCCAUUUUUCUACUUGCGUUUUUCUUUCUGAUUUGUGGGAGUUCAAUAUGUUUUGGAAGAAUAAAUGGCUGAAAAGGUCCUGAAAUUAGGAAGAACUGAGAUCAGCUUUGGGAAAUCCCCAAAAGCGAAUCUUAAAAAAUUGCCCCUCCCGCAGGCUUCUUAGUUGAUUCUCAUUACAGCCUUAUGAAAGCCCUUUAUAAUCUCAUUUCUCAGGUGAGUUCUUCCAUCCUCGCCAGUUUCCCCCUGUGGGAAAAGCGCCCGGACGUAGUCUCCGGAUCCGUCCCAGCUACAGGUUCCAGAUCGAAACAGCAGCGAACCAAUAGCAGAUCUCAAAGUACUGCUGCGCAAGAAACCGCACUGCAGCGCACGAUGUUCUCGCGAUACUUGGCACGAGGCGAUCAUGUGACAACCCAAAAUGGCGACCCCCAGCGAGGCGGAGGAGGAGGAGACCUUUUACUUGGUAGUAAGUGGUAUUCCCUCGGAGUUGCGCUCGGCCCAGUUACGGAGCUACUUUAGCCAGUUCCGGGAACAACGCGGCGGUGGCUUCCUCUGUUUCCACUAUCGGCAUCGGCCUGAGCGGGCCCCUCCUCAGGCUGCUUCCAACUCUUCCCUAGCACCCAUCGAUCCUGCCGCUGAGGGCCAGGUUCUUGCUCAGACUUCGGCCGCCGAUUCCCGUGCUCUCUCCGCCCGGGACUCGGCACCGGUCCAGACCCGCACCUGCUGCUGCGUCAUCUCGGUACGGGGGGCGGCUCAGGCCCAGAGAUUUCUUCGCAUGUACUCGGGCCGCCAGUGGCUGGAUUCUCAGGGGUCUUGGCUGCCCGGUCGCUGUCUCAUUCGCAGACUGCGACUACCUACCGAGGCAUCAGAUUUGGGCUCCUUUCCCUUCAAGACCCGGAAGGAGUUGCAGAGUCGGAAGGCCAAGAGUGAAGCCUUCACCCUGGCUGACCUGAGACAACUGCCAGAGCUGAACCCACCGGUGCUGAUGCCCAAUGGAAAUGUGGGGACUCCCCUGCGGGUCUUUUUGGAGUUCAUCCGGGCCUGCCGCCUACCCCCCCGGAUCAUCACCCAGCUGCAGCUCCAGUUUCCCAAGACAGGUUCCUCCCGGCGUUAUGGCAAUGUGCCCUUCGAGUACGAGGACUCAGAGACUGUGGAGCAGGAAGAGCUUGUGUACACAGCAGAGGGCGAGGAAAUACCCCAGGGAGCCUGCCUGGUAGCUACACCAGCCAGCCCUUGUGGAGAGCCAGAAGAAGAGGAUAAGGAGGAGGAAGAAGAGUCUAACUCAGAUGAUGACGAUGACCGGGGUGAGGAGUGGGAGCGGCAUGAAGCGCUGCAUGAGGAUGUGACCAGGCAGGAGCGUACAACUGAGCGGCUCUUUGAGGAGGAGAUUGAGCUCAAGUGGGAGAAGGGUGGCUCUGGCCUGGUGUUCUACACUGACGCCCAGUUCUGGCAGGAGGAAGAAGGAGACUUUGAUGAACAGACAGCUGAUGACUGGGACGUUGACAUGAGUGUGUACUAUGAUAGAGAUGGUGGAGACAAAGAUGCCCGAGACUCUGUCCAAAUGCGUCUGGAACGGAGACUACGAGAUGGCCAGGAGCAUGGUUCCAUGAUUGACCGCCAGGUGGGCACUUUUGAGCGCCACACCAAGGGCAUUGGGCGGAAGGUGAUGGAACAGCAGGGCUGGGCUGAGGGCCAGGGCCUGGGCAGCAGAUGCUCGGGGGUGCCCGAGGCCCUGGAUAGUGAUGGCCAGCACCCCAGAUGCAAGCGUGGAUUAGGGUACCAUGGAGAGAAGCUCCAGCCACUUGGGCAACUGAAGAGGCCCCGUGGAACUGGCUUAGGGCUCAUCUCCACCAUCUAUGAUGAGCCCCUGCCCCAGGACCAGCAGGAAUCACUGCUCCGCCGCCAGCCACCCACUAGUAUGAAGUUUCGGACAAAUAUGGCCUUCGUGAGGGGCUCCAGCUGUGCCUUGGACAGUGCCUCAGAGCCCGAUUAACAAGGUCAGGGGCUUCCUUGGUCAGGAUCACUCAUAACUGCAGGAUCACUCAUCUCUGCCCAGCUUUAUCUACCACUUAGAAAGAAGUCGCUGCAGCAGACAGAAUGCAGCUUGUUCAGGGUGCUUUGUUCUCAACUUGCCUUCUGGUUCUCUACCUCAAGGGCAUUUUUUUAAAAAGCCCCCUAUCCGCCCCUUUGAUAUUAGGGCUUUUACUGAUCGCUCCUCAUUGGUCUUCUAACCCUAGUCCCUCCGUUUGCGCUUGCCCCCUUUGCCUCCCCAGUACUUUGAAAAACUGGAUUGACCAAGGUUAUCAGCAUACCCUUCCUUGAGGGCUGUGAAGAAGCCCACAAAGAGAAUUAAAGGGAACCGGAUGCGGAAGAGGAUUUGU